UAAUUGCAGCUUCCACCUUCUGACAGGAAUAUUGUGCGUGGUCAGGAUGACUGGAUAUCAUUCGUGAGGGAUGCAUUUGAUAUACGUUUCAUUUCUUAUAGGCCAACAAGUUAUUUAUAGCAGUUUGAAUGCAGGCAGUCACUUUCUGGCACAGGUUUCAGGGCUUGUAGUGCGCACCGCCGCCACGAGAUGGAAACAAAUGCUCGUCCUGUAGCUGCCAGGCUGCAGAGGUGCAGCCGUAAGAAGCUGCUUUAAGAGUUCCGUGAGAUGUUCUGGUUUACGGACACUGAAAUCCUCCUUCCUGACUCAGUCUGACUGAGGCGAAUAUCUGGCAGCACUUUUAGCCGUACCUGGUGCCUUCCCGCCAAUAGUGUCAAGCUAGCUAUAACGAGGGGCUACACUUCCGGAAGCGGUUUUCAGUCUGUGGUGUGAUUGUUUUUAGUUUUUCAUUUUAUAUAAAGUAAUUUCGAACUAUAUUUUAUAUUUAAGCUUGAUUUCCUUAUAAGUACUCCCCCCUCACACACACACACCCACGCGUUUAAUAAACUAUUGCGCUUUAUGUUGCGGAAAAUUCCGCGUUUCCGGUAUUCUUAGACCUGUCAUCGACUCAAGUCUCCAGAGUGUGGGCUGUGAUUCUCCUCUGUCAGCAUGGAAAACACACCUUAGUGCACGCUGCUCCUCUAAAAACAGGAGCCGCCGUCUAAACCUGGGAUUAUGGAUUCCUCUACCAACAGUCUGGAUGAUGUGUCUGCUGACAGCAGUGCUGAAUUUCCAGACCGGGCAUCCAUGAUGGAGGUGCGUCUGCAGGCACAGGAGGACGAGAUCACACUCCUGAAAUCCUCUCUGGCUGACGCCCUGCGCAGGCUCCGCAUCCACGAUCAGGUCCUACAGUUACUGAAGCAGCAGGUCAUAGCAGUGAACCCGAGUGCUGCACGGCUGCUAAGCCAAGCAUGCUGCUCAGAUUGUUCCAGCAGCAGCAGAAAGUUGUCCUCCAGCUCAGCCAGCGAUGGGAUCCGGCACCCUGCUACGAGCCAACUGUCAGACACCACUGUGACCAAUGCAAACAGCUCGGCAUCCACGGACAUCCAAACCGUUCCAGCAACAGUGGACCAGUCGACCCAGACAGAGUCGACCCCGUCAGGCCAGGACUCGGGCCAGGACAGGGUCCCUCUCCACGGACGAGUCCAGAGCCUGCAAUUGGAAGAUGCACUCGUGGAAGGUCCUUCUGUAUCUGAGGGAAACCGGGCCAAACUCCACCGUGUCCCUGGUAUGGAAGAGGAGGAUGAGGAGCCAGAAGAUGAAGGAGGAGGAAGAGGGGAGCAGGAAAAGGACCUAACAUGGGCAUCGUCAGUUGAAGAGCCCAUUCAGCCCACCACCAUCAGAGGCCUCCAGAGGGAGGACCUCCUGGAUGGCAGCUGCUCUCCGGAGGAUCCAGGCUCAGCCUCGGCCUCAUUCAAAUCUUCAGACCAGAACCUCAGCUGCCGCUCUGGACCGCUGUCUCCCAUCCACGAAAGAGAGAAGGCUCUGGUUCGUAGAAACAGCGAGAAACUAGGGAACCCUGAAAGGCAGAGGAAACGUCUAGACAAGAAGGCAGCAUCUUCAGCAAACCUCCUCGCCCGCUCCCCAAGCCUGGAGAACCGAGCUAAAGAGCUUAUCGCCAGUGCAGGAUCCCCUGGCUCCAGAAGAGGAACCUACAGCCAAGGACAGUCAAUCAAAAUGUUUAUCCGAGGCCGACCCAUUACCAUGUACAUCCCCUCCAACAUCCAGAACUACGACGAGCUGAAGAUGGAACCUCCCUCUGAGAGACUGGAGCUGGACUGGGUCUAUGGUUACCGUGGACGGGACGGUCGAGCUAAUCUGUAUUUCCUCCCGACGGGCGAGGCAGUGUACUUCAUUGCCUGUGUGAUUGUGCUUUAUCACAUCAACAACCGCACACAACGGCACUAUCGUAAACACACAGACUGCGUCCGCUGUCUCACACUCCAUCCUGACAAAGUGCGAGUGGCAUCUGGCCAGACAGCAGGGGUGGAUAAAGAUGGCAAGCCUCUGCAGCUGUGUGUUUAUAUUUGGGACUCCACCACGCUGGUCACCCUGCAGCAGAUCGGACCGGGGACCUUCCAGAGGGGAGUGGGAUCAGUGGCAUUUUCAUUUGCUGACGCUGGAUCAUUUCUGUGUGUCAUUGAUGACUCUAAUGACCACAUGCUGUCACUGUGGGAUUGCACGAAGGGCACCAAGCAUGCAGAGAUCAAGACUACCAACGAGGCCGUGUUUGCUGUAGAGUUUAACCCUCGGGACAGCACCAACAUCAUCACCUGUGGAAAAUCCCACGUCUACUUUUGGACGCUGAGUGGAGGACAGCUCACGAAAAAGCAAGGCAUCUUUGGAAAAUACAAGAAGCCCAAGUUCAUCCAGUGCUUUGUGUUCAGCCUGACUGGAGAUGUUCUCACCGGAGACUCUGAGGGGAACAUCAUGACUUGGGGAAAAUCUGCUGCAGAUAUCAAAACUCUCGGGAAAGGAGCCAAAGAAACCUACCAGAUCAUGCGACAGACCAAAGCACACGAAGGCAGCGUGUUCACCCUGUGCACUCUACAGGGCGGAGGCCUGCUCAGUGGAGGAGGGAAGGACCGUAAAAUAAUCCGCUGGAGCGCUGAUUUGGCACCUGAAAGAGAGUGUGAGAUUCCAGAAAAGUUCGGGGCGGUCCGCACUAUCGCAGCCAUGGACGAAGAGGAACUGUUAGUUGGUACGACUCGAAAUGCCAUCCUCAGAGGAACCUUCUCAGACGGCUUUGUGGCCAUAGUGCAGGGCCAUGUAGAUGAGAUGUGGGGGCUGGCCACUCACCCCUCCCAGAACAUCUUCCUCACCUGUGGCCAUGACAGGCAGGUGUGUUUGUGGAACACCGAGGAACACAAGCUGGACUGGUGCAUCACCCUCGAGGAGUACGGCCUGUGUGCUGGUUUUUGCCCCAAUGGAUCGGUGGUGUCAGUCGGCCUGAGUACAGGACGGUGGAUGGUCCUUGACCUGCUGACCAGGGAGGUCGUUUCUGAAUCCACUGACGGGAAUGAGCAGCUGUCUGUCAUGAGAUAUUCACCAGAUGGCAGCUUCCUAGCUGUAGGAUCACAUGACAACUUCAUCUACAUCUACAGUGUGACAGAGAGUGGCAGGCGUUACACCCGCUUUGGAAAAUGUAACGGCCACUCCAGCUUCAUCACUCACCUGGACUGGUCCAAAGAUGGGAAGUACAUCAUGUCAAAUUCAGGCGACUAUGAGAUCCUUUACUGGGACAUAGCAGCAGGAUGUAAGCUGCUUAGGAACCGCUUUGAGAGCAAAGACAGAGAAUGGGCCUCUUAUACCUGUGUGCUAGGCUUCCAUGUGAUGGGUGUGUGGCUGGAAGGCUCUGACGGCACAGACAUCAACGCGCUGUGUCGCUCUCACAACGAGAAGAUGGUGGCUGUGGCUGAUGAUUUCUGUAAGGUUCAUCUGUUCCAGUACCCCUGUCCUAAACUCAAGGCACCGAGCCACAAGUACGAGGGCCACGGCAGCCACGUCACCAACGUCUGCUUCACUCACAGUGACUCUCACCUGCUCUCCAUUGGCGGGAAGGACACUUGCAUCCUUCAGUGGAAGGUGAUUGGAGGGGGGGUGGGUAACAGCCAUGAAAGACUGGCCUCGGCCUCAUCCACCUCUACCAGCUCUCCAGAACCUGCAACCAGCUAAGGAGACGGCUGCUUGUAAGAGUGAGGGAAAGCGGGCUGUUUUCUUACAGCCGCAGAGGCAUCGAAGUGAGUUAUGGGCUCGUUCUGUCCACUGCUGCUAGUUUCAGGCAGAACAUCCUCUUCGGGAGGAACAUCCAUGUUAAUGUUAUGCUUCAAAUCCUUGUGAAACUGGACAGUGUGUGUGAUGUUUCCCAUAAGACAGAAUCCUUGUCAUUCUGUUGUGUAUGUGGUGAGAACCGUUCUUGUUUGCUGGUGCAGAACAGUGCUGCACUGCCCAUGCACGUGAUUUUAUACAUGUUUUAAACAAGGUUUGGUUAACAUCUCAACUUUUUAUAUGCUUAGACUGUGACAGGCCUGUCCCAUUAAAAUCAACUCAGCAUCUCGUAUUCAUUCGUCUAACAGUAGAUCAGUACACUUGAAAAUGAUUACUUUAGUGCAGUUUUUUUAUGUAUUUAAAUGUACGUCGGCAAUACUGUGAUGUCGUAUCAGCUCAGCUCCAAAUAAAUGAGAGAAGACUCCGA